AACAUGCAAACGGAACGUUCCAGAGACUCAUUUCGCCACCUUUAUAAACCCAUUACUCUUCCGGUUUUCGUAACUCGUUCUUCAUUUCUUCAACUAGUAAGUAAUCAGUUACAGCAAUUCAUUCUCUUGCAAAAUGCCUAGUCGAUCAACGGGAGUUAUAGCCCAAGAUUGGGACCCUAUCGUUCUGCACAAGGCCAAGCCCAAGGCCCAGGACCUCCGCAAUCCCAAGGCCGUGAACCAGGCGCUCCGGUCCGGCGCGGAGGUGCUCACGGUCAAGAAGUUUGACGCCGGUUCGAACCGGAAGGCCGGCGGUCCGGCAGUGAACCCGAGGAAGCUGGAGGAGGGAACGGAACCAGCUGCGUUGGAGCGCGUGGCGGGGGAGGUUCGGCAUGCGAUCCAGAAGGCGCGUUUGGAGAAGAAGCUGAGCCAGGCGGAGCUGGCGAAGCAGAUCAACGAGCGAACGCAGGUGGUGCAGGAGUACGAAAAUGGCAAAGCGGUGCCUAACCAGGCCGUGCUGGCCAAGAUGGAGAGGGUUCUCGGUGUCAAGCUCAGGGGCAAAAUCGGAAAAAAAAUAACUCUGAUCUUAACCAACAAGAAGAAGAGAUUUGAAAGUGUUUUGUGGACAGUCUUCAUUGUUGAGUAGAUACCAGUUUAGCAAGAUGAGCAUGAAACAAUGCUGAGAGAGGUGUUUGUUCAGCAGGCUCAAGAACCAUAGUACAACCAGCAGCCAAAGCAGGGUCAACCAUGGUGUAAAACAUGGAGGUGGGGAAAUUCCAGGGAAUGAUGUGUCCCACAACACCAUUUGGUUCUAUUAAAAUAUAUGUUUGCAACUCCCGUGCAGGUUUUGGUACUUCUCCACGUAUUAGAGUUACAAGAACAGGCUUUUGUAUUUCUCUUUUCUCUCUCUCUCUCUCAUCGUAGAUCUGAGAGUCUCACAGAUUACAGGGUUCCACGGAGUUGAUUCUAGCCCCGAUUCCCUCCACUCGGAUCCCCCUACCCGCGGAUCUUGGAGCUCAGGUCGACCUCAUUAGGAGGACAUAUUGUGCUCGACUUGGAGUCGACAUAUGUACCCCGUGGCACUCAGUCCGACCUAGACCCGACCUAUCUAGAAGACCCAAUUCACUUAAAAUUGUGACCCCUUCUUUCUUAAGAUAACGACAAAACAAUCACGUAACCAUAUCCACACAAAGGUUGGAGUAAACCUUGCACACAACAUCUAUCUCUCAUGAUUCUAGGAGGACCGAAACAAGGAGGAGUUACUACUAUAAAGCUAAGCAGCUGUUCUUCGCUAAAAGCAUGGGAAAGAGGACGGAAAGGCAUAUUGGGAGAGAAAACAUCCUUUUAUAAAUAUAUCUUACUUGCAAAGGGGACAAGUUGUGAUUACCGAU